CAGCGAUUGAUUAGAUAAACAAGAUCGACAUGUGUUAGAAACGAAAUUUUAGAUUGAAAAUGACGGAUUGCGUUUGAUUGAUUGAGCAUCCAAUCGAUUGCUUAUUAUCUUUUUACACGACAACCAACACUAGAAAUCUUGUCUUUUCCAAAUCCGAAAAAUUUACCUGUUCUUCUCUUCCAGGCGGAGGAGGAGGAGGAGGAGGAGGAGGAGGUGGAGGCGCAAAUCAGCCGCCUACUUACCGCCGUCUUUUACCGUCUCUCAUGGAACCGGAAGGAUCCACUACCACCGGUGGCUACCACGACGGAUCACCGAUCACUUCCCUUGCUCCCGACCACUUAUUCGCUAUUCUCCUUCUACUGCCUGUAGAUUCAAUACUCUCCUUCUCGGUUACUUGUAGCAGAUUUAGGGCUCUCACUUCCUCUGAUGCUCUCUGGGAAGCUAUUUGUCGAAGGGAAUGGGGAUCCGCUUCCGUCGAGGCUCUCAACUCCUAUCAUCUCUCGUCUCAGCUUCCAUGGAUGCGCGUCUUCAAGCAACUUUCCCGGCUUGAAUCUGUUCGUUGCCAUAGAUUAUCCGAUCCAGUCGCUGAAUCAUCGUCACUUCCGGGCCCUAGAGCUUCUCACUCCCUCAACUUCGUCUCAGAUUGCUUGGUACUCUUUGGUGGAGGUUGCGAAAGUGGGCGUCAUCUUGAUGAUACCUGGCUGGCAUACAUUGGUAAUGAUUGUCACAGGAUGCUAAACUGGCGAAAGAUGAAUUCAGGCACCCCAAGUGGGAGAUUUGGGCAUACAUGUAAUGUUGUUGGUGAUUUUCUAAUACUCUUUGGAGGAAUCAACGACAAUGGAAUUCGUCAAAACGAUACGUGGGCUGGAAGAGUCGAAAGGAAAGGGAUUCAUGGUUUUGAAUUCUCAUGGAUACCGCUCGAUGUGGGGGAGUUAGCACCACCGCCUCGUGGAGCUCAUGCUUCGUGCUGCAUCGAUGACAAGAAGAUGGUUAUCCAUGGAGGAAUUGGGUUAGGUGGUAUUAGAUUGUUUGAUACUUGGGUGUUAGAACUGUCUGAGAAUCUUAAAUUUGGAACUUGGCACGAGAUCGUGUCUCAUCCGUCGCCUCCAGCUCGAUCGGGACAUACACUUACUUCCAUUGGAGGAAUGAAAGUAGUUCUAUUUGGAGGUAGAGGAGUAGGCUAUGAUGUGCUGAAUGAUAUCUGGCUGUUGAGUAUAUUUGAGGGUCAUGGUAGAUGGGUGCAAAUUCUGUACGACUUACAAAACGUAACCGAAGGAGUAUCGCUCCCUCGAGUCGGACACUCGGCGAAUCUCAUCCUGGGAGGCCGCCUUCUAAUAUAUGGAGGGGAAGACACAGAGAGACACCGAAAAGACGACUUUUGGGCGUUGGAUGUCAGCGCGUUGAAAACAAUCGAAGUGCAGCUAACAACAGGAAACUCUAUUGGAUUAGCAGCAAAGAUGUGGAAGAGAUUGAAGGCAAAUGGUUGCACACCGAACUCGAGAUCAUUUCAUCGUGCCUGCACGGAUCGUUCUGGUCGUUGUUUAUACAUCCUUGGAGGGAUGGUGGAUGGCGUAGUUCAGGCUGCUGCUGAAUCAUCAGGACUCAGAUUUGAUGGGGACCUAUUUCUUGUGGAAUUGGUGAUUUAGAUGUGGAGAUUAUGAUGCUUAAAUCAUUGGGAUUGUUAGAACAAUGGAUCAAAUUUUCAGAGCUGUGUCUACGAAGUCUUGGUCACUACGUUGACCCUCUUUGCCAACAUUUCAGGGAAUGGUCGUAGAGGCAAUGAGGCUCGUGGCCGAGGGAAUGGUCGUAGAGGCAAUGAGGCUCGUGGUCGAGGUCGUGGUCGAAUGUUCAUCUGGUUUGCUAGAAACUCGAGUUUUCUCGGUUGUAAUAAAGCAAGAAAUGAAGGGAAGGGAGUACACCGGAGAAUGUGUAUAAUCUUCUUUUUGUUGUCGUGUAAACUUCAAUUCUCAGUUCACAUGAAGAAACAGUUGUUUAGCCUAUUAAUGUGUAACAGCCAAGAUAAAAGCUUCCCCAACCAAGAUGAUCAAGUGGAAUUGAGUACCAAACGAGACCCGACACGGUUUAUUAGAAUCA